GACAAUGCAAGUUAAAACCGACAUAUAAGUGCAGUGUUGUGAAAGUUGUACCCAGUUGUGUUGGUGCUGAUUAAAAAUGACCGAGAAAAAUAAAUCCGAAAAGAUGACUAAUUCAUCGAAACCUGUUCCUAUGAAACUUUUUGCAGCCUGGGAGGUGGACAGGACUCCAUCCAACUGUAUCCCAAGGCUAUGCACCCUACGCGUGACGCGGUUGCGCGUGUGUGGCGCGCUCGGUGAGGCGGGCGGUGGUGCGGCGGCCGGUGGCGCGGGCGCGGUCACCCUCGCGGCACGCAUGCACAGCAGCAAGCGCACACUGCGAUCAAAUGAUAUCACUAUACCGCCAAUGGAUGUCGAAUUGGACCUCUGCUUCUCACUGCAGUACCCGCACUUUGUCAAACGCGAUGGCAACAGGUUGCAGAUAAUGUUGCAGCGUCGCAAGAAGUACAAGAAUCGCACCAUACUGGGCUACAAGACGCUCGCUGAAGGUGUCAUCAGGAUGGAUCAGGUGCUCCAAAGGUCCAUGGACAUGGAGCUAGAGCUGAUCAGCGUAGGUGGCAAGGUGGGAGCGGCGGCUGGCCAGCCAGUCGCGCGGCUCACCAUCACCGGGUUAGCUUCAACGCCCGUGGACCAUGACACUAAGAAUAAUAAUACGCUGUUGAUUACAGAGCGAGGUUAUUCAGACGAAGAAGAAGAGGGUGAAUUCAGUUCAGUGGAAGAGGCUGAUGAUAUGACGUAUGGUGCACCGGCGAGGCGACGGCCACAUAGACAGAUCGAGUUUAACAAGGCGGAUUUCUCUUAUACAAAGCUGGGCUACAUGGAGCGAGAGAGACAGAACUAUAUCCGCUCGAAGGCGCACGAGAGGGACAGCGAUAGUGAGCUCGAACACGCGCCGAGCAAGCGCAAAGGCAGCCGCGGCAAGCUGGCGCAACGCAACCUGAAACAGAAGUUCGCGGCGUUGCUGCGCCGAUUCCGCGUGCCCGAAGAGAUGGGGGAACGAGGCGCGGCGCGGGACAAUCAUAACGCGCAACGGGACAUUGAUGAACUGUUUCAGGAACUCGAAUCGCUCUCUUGCGGCGAGGGUGAGGAUUCUGGUCCCGACCAGAUGGACACCAUCAGUAUCGGCUCCACGCCCAAGCCCUCGCUGCGGCCGUUCUUCAGCAGCUCGCGUAGUCUUGCCAACCAAGACCACCAUAGACACUCGAAUGUGACGCGGCACGCGAGCGUCGCGUCCGCGGCCGAGCUGCGUCCGCGCGGCCGACACACGACGGUCUCGUUCACAGAAUCGGAAGCUGUACGUAGUUCAGCCGGGGAUGAGAGAGGCAGUGAGGGGAACAGUGACGGUGACGCUACCCUCGACGCUCCGGUGUCUGGUGCGUCGGUGUCCAGCUCGCCUCCUAAUGAGACUAAGGAGGACAAACGCUCACGGCUAUUCCGUAGUGCGACAAGCGGCGGCAACUUGACCCCAGCGUCUGGCGCUAGGAAGAAGAACUCGCUAGUGAUUGGAGGAGAGCGGCCGCUGUCUGCGCACGAUCUGCCCGCAUUGAGUCCAACUACGUUGGAGCCGCGGCGCACAAUGGCGGAGCAAGUGAGCCGCGUGCUGGGCGAGGAGGGCCCGGUGCCGGAGUGCGUGGCGGUGGCGCCGGGUGCGCUGGCCCGCGCGCUGCAGGCGCUGGCCGUGCCCGCCGCCGUCGCGCCGCCCGGCGUCGUGCCGGACGCGCGCCCGCUGCUGCAGGCCGUACUUGCGCGGGCCGCUAAGCAGGGCAGUCGUCGUGCGUUACGCAUGUGCGUGUGCGGCGGCGAGGCUGCGGCGGCGGGCGGGCUGCGCGCGCACGCCGAGCUGGCCGCGCGCCGCCCGCACGACGCGCCACCGCUGCGCUACUACAUCAUACCCGUGGGUCAAUGCACAGUAUCCCGCUACUUAGCCGCCAACGACCCAACGUACGCGGCGCUGUUCGCGAGCGAAUCUUGGACGGCGCUGUGCGAGCGUGCUGUAGACGCGAGCAUGGCUGACAUCACCGAGAUGUCUUCGAGGAUUGCUAGGUAUUUGAACAGCAUCGGCCCGGUGAACAACAUUCCGAUUGGUGAGGCGAUGGUCGCGUACCGAGACAAGUCCGGUGAUGAGGAUUCUAGUCAGACAUUCGUUCCUUUCAUCGCCGAAGUACGCGUAGGGUGGGCGGAAGCGUGCGGCACAUCACUAGAGGGCGAGGAGGGUUCGCCCCCCGCGCGGCCCUCCCCGCCCGCCACGCCCGCGCCCGACCCGCUGCCGCCCGCGCUCGACCCGCUCGAGCUGCAGCUCGACUACUGGCUGGUGGGCGGUGCAAGCGGCGGCAAGAGUGCCGAGGGCUGCGAGGGUGGGACGGGUGGUGGGGGUAAAGUGACGGUGAAGGCUGCGUUCAGAGCGUUGUUAGUGACGAGACAUAACCACCACCUCGCCAUCACGUACCUGACCAAGGAGAAGAAGCAGAAGAUAAUGCGCUUGGGAAAGAAAAAGGAGAAGAGCGGGGAAAGUGAAGCGGGUCGCGCGCAUAGUGUAGAGGGCGUUGCGAGGCUGAUCUGCUCUGCUAAAGGGUCGCAUACGCCGCUUAAAGUAUACAUCGACGGCACAGAAUGGACGGGAGUGAAGUUCUUCCAACUGUCUACGCAAUGGCAGACGCACGUCAAAACGUUCCCCGUAGCUACGUGCGGGGCGCCGCUAGCAUCCUCUGAGUCCUAGAUCUAGAUCGAAAUAUAGAUCGAGAUCUAGAGCAAAACCUGGAUUUGGAGCUAAACCUUGGUCUAGGUCAAUAACUAGGCAUAUACCUAUAGAUAGAUAGCUAUCUAUAGAUAUAGGUAUUUAUGAAUUGAGACCUAGUUGUAGACCUAGAUCUGGAGUAAGAUUUCUAGAGAAGAAAUCUAGAGCUAAACCGCGCUGACGACUGACCUAGCUUUUUUAUGUAGCCUGAUUUGGUGUUUGCAGCUUUGAUGGUACCAUGUAAGGAAUGAUGUGAAAAAUAGAUGGGGUCUUGGUUGACUUUAAUAUUUCAUAUCUGAGAAUAUUGUUU